AUGUAUCGAGAUUCAUAUCAGUCGGGACUGUUGUCUAUCUUCUACAGUGUUGGACAGAAGCCUCUCCUCAACUGGAAGGCAUGCUGCCAGUCAGGAAGUAUCAAGAGGCUGACCGACUCAGCCAUUCGAUCCAUUGUUCUUGAUAUCCGCGGAAAUAAUGUCAGCACCACGUAUAUUGAAUGCCCUGCCUGUGAAAAUGAGACCUUGGGCAUUAAAAUGCCCAUUUUUGUAGUCCUCUUCAAAAAUAUGAAUCGCUUCUUCUCAUUCCAGAUUGAAACCCUCGACUACAGUGGCUUUCCGAGGAGAUUUAGAGCUAGCAAUUCCACAAAGAACACGCUCAUUCGCCAGUUUUGCACCAACAUGCCGCUUUUCCUUCACCCGGGGUGGAACACCGUGGUGUUUGAUUUGAACCGCUUGAUGGAGUACUGUUAUAAGCAACGUCUGCGCGAAGUCACGCGAGUUCGAAUCAACGCUAACUGUCGUCUCCGACGGGUCUACUUUUGUGAUCGUGCCUAUGGAGAAGAGGAGACGCCAAAAGACUACAAAUUGCAGGUUUUGCAUGGAUAG